AUGCCUGCCGAUUUACGAGCAUUGAGCAAACAAGAACGUUUUUAUUUCGAUACCCUACACAACGUGGUUGAAUUUGUCGAUGGCUACGAUCAGGAGCAUGACGCCGGACAGGUAGCGGGGUGGAAAGACCGUUUAGAUGGAAUUUUAGAAAAUUUCUUGAAAAAUCGCCUGCAGAUCGAUCUGCAGCAAGAUGGUGAUACAAAAGACGCGAAGGAACAGGAGGAAAUCAGUCGAAAAACACGUGAGCAGUUUGAGAAGUGCUAUGUGAAAGUAAAAGGUUUUUUGGUAAAUGCUGAACGCGAGACUAAGUCACAGCUACUCAGCAACGUAGAAGUGAAUGCUUCUAAUAGUCAGACGAAGCAGAUUGGUAGAAUAAAGCUUCCGGAAGUCAAGCUUCCUACUUUUGACGGGUCAGUCACGGAGUGGCUGACAUUUCGAGACACUUUUAAGAGUCUAAUUGAUUCAAACCAUAACCUCUCUGAUGUCGACAAGUUCUCUUACCUUGUCGCAUCCCUUACGAAAGAAGCGAAGCGCGUCGUCGAAUCUAUAGACAUUACUGAAGCCAAUUACGCUAUAGCAUGGCAAACGCUAACCAAACGUUUUGAUAACAAGAAGCUGGUUGUCAAAACUUACUUAGAUGCACUUCUUUCUGUGGAACCCAUUAAACGGGAAAACUACGAGUCUCUCUCUCGAUUCAUCGAUGAAUUCGAUAGGAAUUUGCAAAUGAUUCAGAAAAUGAACAUAGAUACGGAUGGAUGGAGUGUAUUAUUGGCGCACAUCGUCUGCUCUCGUCUCGAUACAUCUACUCUCAAACAAUGGGAGAAUCACCACAAGUCAACAGAAGUUCCCAAAUACGAACAACUCAUCGAGUUCCUGCGUGGUCAUUGUAUAGUUCUUCAGUCCAUCGCACCUGUAAAGUCACGUCUCCCUGAAACAUCUCGAUUGGAUCUAAUAAAGGUUCCGAAAUCAAAGGUUAGCAGCGUUCAUUCCGUCAUCAGUUCUUCUGCGAAGUCGUGUGGUUUUUGUAAUCAGUCCAUCCAUUCACCUUUCAAAUGUGAGGUGUUCCGAAAGCUAUCAGUUCCUGAACGCUAUGAUUUGGUGAAGAAAAAGGCUCUCUGCAUCAACUGUUUAUCUUCAGAUCAUCAAAUUAGAAACUGUUCUUCUAGUGCCUGCCGCGUCUGCAGUCAAAGGCACCACACAAUGCUCCACCAGCCAGCUCCAUAUCGCAAUUUUCUCCAACCAAAUGCUCCUAAACCCCACCAAACCCAGCUCACUACAAAUCAGAAUCAGAAUCAAACCCAAAUCGCUCAAUCUACCUCGCCGAACAUAAAUAAGACUUCCUCGCAACCUUCGCCCACUGAAGGUCAACCGUCAGCCUCAGGUUCGCUCAGCCAUUGCUCCACCUCCUUGGUCAGCAACUUUCAUCGGAUCCCAACGACUGUACUGCUGCAAACUGCUCUCGUUAAAGUCAUCGGAUAUUCUGGCAGAAUUCUGUGGGCUAGAGCAUUGCUCGAUCCUGCUUCGCAACUAAACAUACUCUCGGAGAAUUUAGCACAACGGUUACAGCUGCCAAGGACCAAGAAUAACCAUACCAUCGGUGGUAUCGGACAGUCUACAAUUGUGUCCACCCACUCCCUCGCCGAUCACAUCCAGUCGCAUUGCUGUAAUUAUAGUACGCAGCUGAAAUUCCAUAUUUUGAGUUCCGUAACCCGUGAGCUGCCCGCGAACCCCAUCGACGUUACUGAAUGGAAUUUUCCUACUGACAUCGUGCUCGCUGAUCCCCAGUUCCAUAUGCCUGGGGUCAUCGAUAUGAUCAUUGGAGUGGACAGUUAUUACGACCUACUUCUCGAGGGUCUCAUUCGCCUCGGUUCAGGGCAGCCGGUGCUGCAAAAUACAUUGCUUGGAUGGGUCGUGUCUGGUAGAGUCGGAACUAGCCGACCAGAUCCGAAAAUAGUCAGUAUCGUUCACGUGUGUACUCAGGAUUUCGACGAGAAGCUAUCCAGAUUUUGGGAACUAGAAUCUUGCCAGUCAUCUAGCACCAUGUCAGUGGAAGAAUCGAUUUGCGAGGAUAAUUUUGCUGCGACGACCACGAGAGAUGCCUCUGGCCGAUUCAUUGUGGAACUUCCGGUAAAACCGUCCGUUGUGUCCAUGUUGGGAAACUCCUACGAAAUCGCCAAACGUCGCUUUCUGUCGGUGGAACGCCGUUUACAAGCCAACCCUCAACUCAAAUCCGCAUACUCGGCUUUCAUCGAAGAAUAUCUUCUGUUAGGACACAUGGAAGAGAUUACUGACAUCACGGUACCCACACAGUACACCCCCUACUACCUCCCACACCACUGUAUUCAGCGUCCGGAUAGCUUGACCACGAAGCUUCGCGUCGUGUUUGACGCGUCUUGUGUGACGGAUACUGGCAUUUCACUUAAUGAUGCGUUGAUGGUGGGGCCAGUAAUACAAGAUGAUCUUGUAUCUAUUAUUUUGCGUUGGCGAAUUCAUCAAUUCGUAUUUAUUGCCGACGUGGAAAAAAUGUUCCGUCAAAUCCUGAUGCAUCCCUCGUUUCGAUGUCUUCUGCGAAUACUCUGGCGAGAUGACCCUUCCCAGCCAAUUCGGAUCUUUGAACUGGCAACGGUUACUUACGGAACCUCUUCGGCACCAUACUUGGCCACUCGAUGCUUGCAAGAACUCUCCAAAGUAGGUCUACAGUCUCAUCCAGAUGCCGCAGAAGUUGUAGGCAAGGACUUCUACAUGGACGAUUUGCUAACGGGAUGUAGAGAUGUAGAAUCCGGAAGAAUUCUAGUCAAUCAGCUGCUCCAGCUUAUGUGCUCUGCUGGAUUCCAAUUAAGGAAAUGGUCAUCUAAUUCUCCGGAGCUUCUCGCCCACAUUCCGGAAUCUUUGCGAGAUGAACGCAACGUUCUUGGACUGGAUCCUGGCGCCUCGAUUAAAACCCUAGGGCUAAGGUGGGAACCAGCAUCAGAUGUUUUUGGUUUUCACGUUCCCAAAUGGAAGGACUACUCCCAUAUCACCAAAAGGAUUGUCGCUUCCGAUACUGCCAGUCUAUUUGACCCGCCAGGAUUUCUCGGACCCGUAAUAGUAGUCGCUAAAAUGUUUGUUCAGGAUUUAUGGCGCAGCAACCGUUCCUGGGAUGAACCUCUAGAGAAUGAAAUCCAGCAAGGUUGGCUGCAGUUUCGUUCUCAACUCGUCAUAGUCGAGACAAUUACCGUUCCACGUUGGGUUAUUCCGAUUGUAGAUCCGACCCACAUCGAACUCCAUGGGUUUUGUGAUGCCUCUGAACGAGCCUACGGGGCAUGCAUCUAUUUACGUGUCGUGUCUACCAGUGGGGAUACGUCUGUGAAACUUCUAACUUCAAAAUCGAAACUAGCACCACUGGGAAAUACUCGCAAACAGAAAAAGAUCUGUCUAGCUCGGCUGGAGCUAUCAUCUGCAUUAUUAUUAUCCCACUUGUACCAGAAGGUCCAGAAAGCAUUGAACCUCUCCAUGAAGUGCUUUUUCUGGACUGAUUCCACGAUUGUGCUCCACUGGAUAUCGGCAGCUCCGUCCCGAUGGAAAACUUUUGUUGCCAACCGGGUUUCGGAAAUCCAACAUCUGACUGCUGAUGGAUUGUGGGCUCACGUUCCAGGAAGCGAGAACCCGGCGGAUAUAAUCUCCCGAGGAAUGCUACCAGCAGAACUCAAAUGCUGCACCGUAUGGUGGAAUGGGCCACCUUGGCUCAGUCAACCGAACCGAUUUUGGCCGCCUCUGGUUCGCCUUACAUCUGGAGACUUUCCUACUGACGAACUCGAAGAGCGUUCGAUAACACUUGUCAUUCAGACUAGGGAACCAAAUCCUAUCUUUGAUUUACGAUCCUCUUACGUCAAACUGGUAUCUCUAGUGGCACAUCUUUUGAGAUUUGUCCACAAUUGCAAGCAACGGAUGCAGCAGGAACGAAAAACUGGUUUUCUCUGUAUCAUUGAAUUUAACGAAGCACGGAACGUGCUCGUUCGUCUCGCCCAACAGGAAACUUUAGCCGACGAUAUCCACGCCAUAGCAACUAACGGGGAAGUUAACCGCAACUCAAAAUUGAAGACUCUGACACCCAUUUUGGAAAAUGGAACACUCAAAGUGGGUGGUCGCCUUCAUAACGCCCCGAUUUCAGAAAACCGGAAACAUCCCAUGAUUCUUCCCGCAAAUCAUCGAUUCACGGAAAUGGUAGUCACACACUAUCACCUGAAGCUCCUGCACGCUGGAUCACAGCUUAUGAUCGCAAGCCUUCGCGAACAGUUUUGGCCACUGAGAGUACGCAACCUGGCGCGGAAAGUGGUGCAAGGCUGCAUAAAGUGUUAUCGUUGCAAACCUACUAUCCAAGAGCAGCUAAUGGGAGAUCUUCCCAGCGAACGCGUUACACCAACUUACCCCUUUUUGAAAACUGGUGUGGACCUCUGUGGACCUCUUUUUUAUCGCCACGUUGGCCGCAAAACUCCACCAGUCAAAUGUUUUGUCGCCAUUUUCGUGUGCCUGAGUACAAAGGCUGUCCACCUCGAAUUGGUGGCCAAUUUAACCACCGAUGCAUUUAUUUCGGCCCUGAAGCGGUUCAUCGCACGACGUUCGACGCCGACGAUUAUCGAAUGCGACAAUGCGACGAAUUUUCGAGGAGCCUCCCGAGCGAUAGCUGAACUUCUAGCACAAUUUAGAUCCCAACAACAUCAACAUGCAGUCGUUUCGUACUGUCUAGAAGAGGGAAUACAAUUUAAAUUUAUACCCCCUCGCUCGCCAAACUUCGGUGGCCUCUGGGAAGCCGCCGUGAAGUCGUUUAAAAAACACCUCAAAUCAACCAUCGGCACAACAGUGCUAUACAAGGACGAUCUAGAAACGCUAAUUGUCAAAACAGAGAGCUGCCUCAACUCAAGGCCGCUCACUCAACUGUCAACAGACCCUGAAGAUUUGGAAGUGCUCACACCGGGACACUUCCUGGUACACCGUCCAUUGGUGGCAAUUGCAGAACCGUCAUUGGAAUCAGUACCUCUGAAUCGACUUGAUCGUUAUCAGCAGACCCAGGAAUUUUUGAGGCGAAUAUGGAAACGCUGGAGUACGGAUUACCUUUCCGGAUUACUUCCGCGUACGAAAUGGACUCGUCAACGGGACAACGUGACUGUUGGAUCCUUAGUCCUCCUGAAAGAAGAUAAUCUCCCUCCACUCAAAUGGUGCCUAGGCCGUGUUGUUCGAAUAUUCCGUGGCGACGACGGCAAUGUUCGCGUAGUCUCGGUGAAGACGAAGGAUGGCGAAUUCAACCGCGCCAUCAGCAAGGUUUGCAUACUUCCGAUCCAGCAGCCAGCUAAUUCGGGUGACGAUAGUGUUGUCGCUAAAGUGUAA